UGUAAGAAUUAAGCAGGACUGCUUCUUCGACAAUAACUUCAUACCUAAGUCUUAUAUCUGAGCUACUAAGUGAAAGAUUCUCAUAUGUAUAUUGUACUUAUUUGCUAUGGAGAUAUAAAACACCUUAUGUAUUGAACAGAUUGUCUAUUCGCACCUCUUUCAUCAGAUGACUACGAGAACACAGCCCUGUUUCCUCUGCCGGCUACAACCACCUCCAGCCUCCUCCUGGGCGCUGCUGACCCCCUCUGGCAGCAUGCGGGAGUGCAAGACAAUCCCGUCGCAGAAGUAGUGCCACUGUGUGGGGAGGGUUUCUCAAGCAGCAGCAGCCUGUCCAGCAUCAGUGACCAGAAACCCAGACUGAUCCAGCAUCAGGUACACAGCUAUGAAAGACAACACAGGAAACACUUUGGAGAGCUGAUGAGUACCUACAGGCAUGCAGGGAUACACACUGAGGGCACCAGGACACUGGAGUUCUUCAUCGACCGUCCCACUGAGCCCACAUUCAGCCAGGAAAGAAACAACCUGCACGCUAAGGAGGUGACUCAGCGUUUCUUUGAGACCGUGUCGACACAGUUGGAGCGCUGGUACGAGAGGAAGAUUGUGGAGGUGGAGAGGGAAACGGAGCUCAGAGGCCAGCAGGACAGGGAGGAGCUGUUGCAGCGAAUCUGCAUCCUGGAGGGGGAGCUUCAGAGGCUGAAGACCAAUGAAAAUACAGAAAACUGACGCACCCUGACACUGACUAAUACUGAAGGGACAUUUACAGACAGAGGAUGAACUUUUUUACCCUGAAAAACUCAUAUCAGAUUCAUUUACAGCAGGCAGCAAAAGAAGAUAAUGAGGAGGAAACCAAAACAUUAAUGUGUGUAGGAGAUGACCAAAUAAACAAAUUGAAAUUUGUAAUGUUAUUCAAGCUAGCAUUUAAUUUGGUAACCAACUUCCAGGAGAGUAGGAGAGUGAAGAAGGAAGUCGGUGAACUCAUGAAUGAAUUAUUGCAGCAUGAAUAAAACAUUAAAAUGUUAUGUCGUCUGUGGAUGCUUCUGCCUGAGUCAUAUGAGACAGCUUUUCCUCUGCAAAGGUGGUUGUUUAACAAUGAAGGCAACAACUCCCAUAACCCCCAUGCUUUCUACAUCUUCUGGCAGAGGCUAUAUACUGUCCUGUUAUGAAGUGCCAUAAAGAGAGAAAGAGAGCGAGGAGAAGUUUCAUUUAUGAGAACUGUUUUUUAUUUAUUUAUUUUCACAAGACACAUUUCUCUUUACUGAAUUAACUUUUUCAAAUUCAAAAUAUGUAAGUCAAAGUUAACUCUUACCAGCUAACCUUUCCUCUAAGUAUUAAAAAUAAAAAUGUACAACAGGCACACCCCCUGACAUCCAUGGUCCAACUUCAGCAGGGUACUUCAGUUGCAUGUCACCCCCUUCAGCACCCUGUUUCCCACCUCAUUAAAAUGUCUUCUGUCAGAUAAAGGUUGUACUAUUACUGAUGCAUUUUUUGUGUCAGCACCAUUUUAGUGUUAGUCGUUUGAGGUGGAGCGAACUCCUGGAGAUGACACAUCCAAUAAUGAUAUACUGUCAGAAUCUAUGCCAGUCAGUUGUAGAUAGUACUGAUCUGAAGUACCCACAUCUUGUACUCUUGUACAAAAUUUUCCACAUAAAUAAAAGUACAAAAAUCUUAGCAUCAAUAUAUAUUUAAAUUCACGUUAGUAAAAGU